AUGGCCCCCAUCGAGCGAAUCACCCUCUUCAAGAUCCCCAACGAGGCAGACCGGGACCGCGUCUUGGAGCAGUACAAGGUUCUCGUGAAGACUGCUACCAAGGACGGCAAGCCUUACAUCGUCGCUGCUGCUGCGGGUGCUUCAUUCCCCGAUCCUAGGAAUAAGGGCUUCAAUUUGUCGGUCAAGACUACUUUUGCUUCUAUGGAGGAUAUGAAGUACUAUGAUAGUGAGUGUGAGGCUCAUAAGGCGCUUAAGGCUGUUGCUGCUCCUGUUAAGGAGGAUGUUUUGACGAGUUUUUAUGAGAGUGUUUUGUAA